AUGUCUUUGAAUGUGGGCGUACUUGGGCAUGUAGACAGUGGGAAGACGACGUUGACGAGGGCACUUGCCGAGAUGGCGUCAACGUCGGCAUUCGACAAGCAUGCUGAAAGUGGUGGAAGAAGAAAUACUCUUGAUCUUGGCUUUUCUUCCUUAACUGUUGCUGGACGUAGACUUGCUUUAAUUGACUGUCCAGGUCAUGCCGGUCUCAUCAAAGCCGUGUUGGCUGCUAGUACUGUGUUCGAUAUGGCUUUAGUGACAUCUCACGUACAAUAUGUCUACCAUAAUGAUUGUAAUGCAUAUUAUGAAUAA